AAAUUUGACACUUAUUAAAAUCUCAAUCCAAAUGGUUUCCAAGACUACAUACUUUCAUUCCUAUAUAAAUUUCAGAAACCGACCUUCAUCGUACACUAACUACUCUUUCUUUAUUCGAAUAACACGUUUGGCACACAGUAUGCAGGUUUCAAUAAUACAUCACAAGCCGAAAUUAGUAGUUCCAGCAAGAGUAACACCUUGUGGGACUAAAAAUCUUUCCGACAUAGAUGACCAAGGGAGUGCUCGUUUCCAAAUUCCAGUACUAAUGUUUUACAAAUAUAAUUCUUCAAUGUUAGGAAAAGAUCCUGCAAUGAUCAUAAAAAAUGGAUUGUCCAAAACACUUGUAUUUUACUAUCCAUUAGCUGGUAGGAUCAUUGAAGGGCCUAAUAGGAAGCUUAUGGUGAAUUGCAAUGGUGAAGGAGUCUUGUUUGUUGAAGCUGAUGCAAAUGUGGAGCUUGAGAAAUUAGGAGAGUCAAUUAAACCACCAUGUCCAUACUUAGAUUUAUUACUGCACAAUGUUCCUGGUUCUGAUGGAAUCAUUGGCUGCCCUCUUUUAUUAGUUCAGGUGACCCGUUUUAGCUGUGGUGGAUUUGCUAUUGGAAUCAGACUUAAUCACACUAUGAUGGAUGCGUAUGGCUCGAAUUUGUUUCUAAAUGCAUUAAGUGAAUUGAUUCAGGGAGCUUCUACACCUUCUAUAUUACCUGUAUGGCAAAGGGAUCUCCUAAGUGCUAGAUCAUCACCAUGCAUUACAUGUACUCACCAUGAGUUUGAUGAGCAGAUUGAAUCAAAAAUUGCAUGGGAAUCUAUGGAAGACAAGUUGAUACAACAAGCAUUUUUCUUUGGAAAUAAGGAGAUGGAAGCUAUUAAAUAUCAAGUUUCUCCAAAUUGUGGAAGUACAAAAUUCGAGUUAUUAACGGCGUUUUUAUGGAAAUGUCGUACAAUUGCUCUCAAUCUGCAUCCCGAAGAAAUUGUUCAUUUGACUUACAUUGUCAACAUACGUGGAAAAACACUAAAAUUUGAAUUUCCACCUGGAUAUUACGGGAAUGCAUUCGUUACUCCAGCUACAGUAUCAAAAGCAGGAUUAUUAUGUUCCAAUCCACUGACAUAUGCAGUUGAAUUGGUCAAGAAACUUAAAAAUCACGUGAAUGAAGAGUACAUUAGAUCAUUGAUUAAUUUAAUGGUCCUUAAAGGGCGACCAGAGUUGACAAAAUCAUGGAAUUUUAUAGUCUCAGAUAAUAGAUCUGCUGGAUUUGAUGAAUUUAAUUUUGGAUGGGGAAAGCCCAUUUUUGGAGGGGUUCCCAAUGCUAUAUCUCACUUAAGUUUUGGUGUGCCAGUUAAAAAUGACAAAGGAGAAAAGGGUAUUUUGAUAGCUAUAAGUUUGCCUCCAUUGGCCAUGAAAAAAUUUCAACAGGUUGUCUAUGAGAUGACUUUCAAAAAUGUGGAAGGAGUCAACAUAAUUUCAAAGAUGUAAGGUGUUUUCUGCCUUUCCACCUCAUCAAUGAGUGUUUUGUUUCCAUCCUAUUCCUAUUAGAAAGUAAUUGUAAGUCCUUUUUUAUAUUUAUGAUUCAAGUAUUUGUUGUAUGUGACUGCAUUUGAUGGGUUACAAAAUUUAAGGAAUUACUUUUGAAA